UAUUUUCUUUGAAAGGUUUGCCAACACGAAAAUCAAAAUGAUGAAACACGCGCUCGUUUUCCUUGCGGUAUCCAUGGCAUUCACGAUCGCGAAAAACGUGGUAGACGUAAAUGCCUUACCAACAACGUCUACCGAUUUUCCAAGCACGGGUUCCGCGAAUAUUGAAACCAGUUCGGUGAACGAGACGGAUGGCACACCAACUGAGAAGAAGAACGGAGCUAAUUCCGGGAUUUGCGCAUCCGAAUGCACCCAGCAUCUGCAUUGCGAAGGCGAAUGCGACUUUUGUCUAAUGCAACCGAAACGAGGAGAACGACCCAGACUGAUGACCAAGUUGCACAAGCCAACUGGAGAAAAGUACCUACACUUCGUCGGAACGUGCGUCAAGAUUGUUACGAACUCCACCAAACCCCAGAAUAGAAUUUUUUAGUUUCAAUCGCUAAAUUGAUGACGAAAACAUGGAUGUGAGUAAAGCUGUUCAUAAACUCA